AUGAACUCAUGCAAUGUGGACUUGCAUGUGGAGCAGCGAGACAGGUCCGAUCGGGCAGAGGCCUUGUCAUCACCUUCAUCUUCCAGGUCAUCUGACUCCAACUACUUGGAUCAGGAAUCAAGGGGUCGUCGCCCAGUUCGGCCGCCACGCCCAGCCCUUCUCGGCCGUGACAAGGCUGAGGAACCACGCCACGCAGCAAACUCAAGGGCGGGCAUCGCAGAGGAGCACCCUUCCAUAAGCUUGCGGCACAGCAACUUGGCGCCAUGUGCUGCAACUCCGCAGGCAGGUGAAGCUGGGCGAAAACCAGUGGGCAUCCAGGAUUCCAAAGCGAAGGGAGUGGUGGGGGCGCUGGGCAAUGUCGUACAGGAUCAGUUGCAGAUGAAGUACGGCUUGGCAAUAGAGCUGGACGACUUCACGCGCAAGGUUGAAAGCCUUUGUCGUGCACAACUCGGAAGCGUUGAAGAUUUGGAUUCUUGCUCGGUUGCGACGUGCGUGAACAACCUCAAGGAGAUGCGUUUCCGCACGAGGGAUGGCAAGAGAAGCAUGGCUUUGCAGCUUGAGCCUCACGUCCUCGAAACAUUCGAGGAGUUGCUGAGUGAGGCCACUGUGAUGACCGGCACAGCCUGUGCCAUUGCUACGGUGUAUCAACUGCAGUCUUGGCGGGCUGUUGCUGUAUUCCGUCAGGACUACGCUCGACCUGCUGCCCUUGUCGGAAAAUGUUCUGACAUCUCUAUGGAGCCUCUGAUUGCAUUCACGGCGCAGGAGUUUCGCUCUGCUGUGAUCUUCAACAUCACAGUGACUGAGGUCCUGAAUGUGUCAGAACCGCUUGAGCCGGGAGCGGAGGUCGAGCCUGUUCCCAGCUUGCGCGAUGAGUACUUGGGCCUUAGAAGAUCCAUGGCGCAAGCGGUGCAGUUCCAGCGCCCCGCCGCAGCUCCGCAGUCGCCGGCCUUUCAAAAGACCCAGAAGGUGGCAGUGCCUGCAGCUGCUCGCGAUCUGGCAGGAAUCGCAGACUUCUCUCGGCACGGUCUGGGUGAUGCCCUUCUGGAGAGAAGGGCAGCUGAAGCUGCACAGCCUAGCGUGAUGAGCAUGGCGAUGGACUGGCUUUGGUCACGAGGCCAACCCACCUGGCUUUCUCACGGACAAGUAGCACAAGAGAGGCCCCGGAGAACCGGUGGCAGUGCUCCUCCUUCCUCGCGUCGUGAAGCGCACCACUCGCGGCACGCGACUGCGAGUGAGUCUUUCAAGCUGGACAUGCGCAAGGUCCCGUACAAGAGCCCGUGUGCCGGUGGCCGCUUCGGCUGCAACUCAGGUCAGGGCCGGAACCAGCAAUCGUCCUCUCGGCCAUCCGCUCGGCCAGAGUUCGUGACGCCAGCGCCGUUAACGAUGGCUGGCCUGGGUCCAGCCACCCUAUCUCGCGCUGAUUCUCCAGAAACUCCACCGGCAGCGCGCAUGCGGCAGGAGGCCGCUGGUUUCGAGCACGCGAACGUGGUACUUUCCCCACCAGAGGCGGAUGAUGCAAGGCGGAGGAGAGGCGAUUCACGAACAUCUCUGAACUGGGGUUUCUGCUCGUAG